AUGGAUAUUAUUGCGAUGGCCACCGGAUUUUGGGUUAAGGUUCCCGUGUCCCGCGUGACCGAGCCACGAACGACAAAACUCAAGAAAACAACACGGAGAAGGGGAACCAACGAGAAGACGGGUUCAACUGAAGGCGAGGAGCAAGCUGCGACGGGGGAUGCGCCUCUUCAGAAGAGUCGGUGA